CUGGGUGUGAGCUCUUUUCUCCUCCUUUUCAACUUCCCCGUGCAACUUUAUGCGAGCACCACUUCAGAGGCUCCCAGGGCGAGGCCACCGCCCCGGGAUCAGGCCCUUCCCGGUUCUGCCUUCGGGGAGGGGGGCGGGGGGUGACCCGCGAGAAGCCAGUUCCAGGCGCGUCCUGAAGUCCCUCCCGCCGCCCCACGUCGCUUUAAGGCGGAGGCCGGGGAGGGGGCCACGCCACCCGGCGGCUCCGCGCACGGCUCCAGACUUCGGCAUUUCCUCCCCGUUAGCUGGCGCGGGCUCCUGUCCCCUCGGAAGAGGAAGCUCCUGGGGCCGAGUAACGGGAACAAGCGCGGAGGAGAGCGGGAACGAGCGCCGAGGGGGAGCCCGGGAGUGCCGCCCAGGGUAGGAGGCGAGCCGGGCCGGGUCGGAAGCUGGCCGCGGGCAGCGCGCGGGGCCGCCGGGCGGGGAGGGGCGCCAGGCAGGACGCAGCGUGCGGCCGGCGCAGGGCGCGGCCAGGGGCCCGGGAGUGCAGGGCCGGCCGCAGCUGGAAGGAAAACUUGAGCUGGGAGAGGAGGCCGAGCUGGAGGGCGCCCUCCCCCGGCCCUGCGAGGGGGGAGCCACCGCGGAGGCGAAGGAGACCGGGACCGCGGGGCUGCCGGGGCGCUGCCCGCAUGCUGGGCCGGGGGCGCCGCCGGGGCUCGCGCCCUGGGCUGCAAGGCCGCCGCUGCCCCGGGCGCCCGGUAUGUCGGUGCACUACACCCUCAAUCUGCGCGUCUUCUGGCCCCUGGUGACCGGCCUCUGCACUGCCCUUGUGUGCCUCUACCAUGUCCUGCGGGGAAGCGGGGGAGCCCGGGCCGAGCCCCCCGACGGUGCGGACGGCGGCUUCCCGCUGCUCAAGGUGGCCGUCCUGCUCCUCCUUGGCUACAUCCUCCUGCGCUGUCGCCACGCUGUUCGGCAGCGCUUCCUGCCAGGGUCUCCUCGCCUGGGGAGCCACUCGACCUUCUCUCCUAGACACUUCCGAGAGCCCAGUCUUGGCAUCUUGCUGGAGAGUUACUACGAGCACGAGGUGCGCCUGUCCCCGCACGUGCUGGGCCACAGCAAGGCGCACGUGAGCCGAAUCGUGGGCGAGCUGGUGCGGGCUGGCCGCGCCCGGGGGUCCCCCGGCCCCAUCCCCGGCGGCGCGCUGGCGUUGGCCUUCCGUGGAGACUUCAUCCAGGUGGGCAGCGCCUACGAGCAACACAAAAUCCGGCGGCCCGACGGCUUCGACGUGCUGGUGCCGCUGCGUCUUCCGCCGCUGGUGGCGCUGGAGCCGCGGAGCCUGGGCGCCGAGCCCGCGCUGGCCCCUGCUUUCCGCGGCUGCUUCGUGUGCGCCCUCAAGGCGCCGCCGGGGGCCUCCGGGAGCCACUGGCUGCGGGACUGCAAACCCUUCGCCGACGGGUUCUGCGUGGACGUGCUCGGGCGGCGUCACCUCUCUGCCGCGCUGGUGCUGCGCUGGUUCCAGGCGCACCUGCAGCGCUCCCUGGCCACCGUGCGCUACAGUCUGGAGGGGCGUUGUCGGGUCAGCCUGACCCCGGGCGGCCUGGAGCAGCCUCCCACCCUGCACAUCCUGCCCUGCCGCACGGACUACGGCUGCUGCCGCCUUUCCAUGGCAGUGCGUCUCAUCCCCGCUGUGCAUUUGGGCGACGGCGUUUUCCUCGUGGCACCGCCACCAUCCCCCUCGCCCAUCGGGCCUCUGUCGGAGCUCCCUGGAGGCCUGCGCACGGAUGCACUGUGGGGUGUGAACACAGCUCGGCAGGAGCAGAAGCUGCUGAGCUGGCUGCAGGAACGGGCCCCUCCAGGUGCCUGCUACCUCAAGUGCCUGCAGUUGCUUAAAGCUCUGCGAGACCUGGGCGCCCGCGGGCUGGACCCAACGGCCGCCACCCAGUGGGGACGCAUUCUGUCCUCAUACAUGCUCAAGACAGUGCUGCUGGCGGUGCUGCUGCGGGAGGGGGCUCCUGCUUCAGGCUGGGAGGAGGCGCACCUGGGCGAGCGGCUGGAGGAGUUAGUGCAGUUCCUUAGGGACUGCCUGCUGAGACGCCAUACGCUCUUCCACUGCGUCCUGGGCCCUGGUGGGGCGGCUGCCGAGGUGGGCCCGCUGCCCAAGGUACUGCGUGAAGCUGCCCCCGUUGACCUCCUGGCUGCGUUCGACAGGCACGCCCGGGAACUUGCAGCGGCGCGGUUGCUGUCCACCUGGCGAAGGCUGCCCCAACUUCUCCGGGGCUACGGGGGUCCUCGCUACCUUGCCAGGUGCCCCCCACCCCGGAGUCAGCGCACGCAGGGGUUCCCUGAAGAUCAGCCAUAAAACUUGACAGUGCCCCCACGCGGCCUAAUGCUCCUAAAGCCUCUCCCACCAGAUGGGGUGGGGAUGGCAACGAAGCCAGUUUAAUGCAAGGAAAUGAGGUGCCAAAGGUGAUGGAAAAUUCGGCGGGUGACAUUUGGUGGCUUAUAUGUCCCCCCUGGCUCCACAAUCCAGUAUAGUUAUGGCAUCUUCUUCACACCCACCAGCGUAUCCUGAGCAAGCUACAGAAAAAGACCUUCAACACCAGCCACUAAGAGUUGGUUCAAAUGUUGGUUUGUGUGGAAUGAUUCUGUAGAAGGAUCCAGCUUUUAGGGAAGCCCAAUGAAGGAAGCAAGAACUAGCUGCAGGAAAAGUUCCCUCUGUCAGUUUUUGAGACAGAUCUCUGGCCCCCAAAUUUAAAGAAGCUAUUUUUCCCCCCUGUAACUACUUGCCCCAUCCUGGGUUCCUGGUUGUCUUUUAAAAAAUCGGAAUCUUUAUCUACAACUGGAAUUGAAGUUCUAGUCUAGGGGCUAAUGUUCUGAGGAACACAGUUUUCACUAUUCAAAUUAAUAUUAAUGUGUUUUUUUAAGCGGUGCAAUCACAGGUGUUUGACAGGACUGCAAAGAAUUAAGUCACGUGUUGAGAGGCAGUCAAGAGUUGGUUAGAGAAACUUCCAGAGCAAAUAGCACUUUAUUUUGAUCAGUCCUUUCAUUUUGUGGUAAUUGCCACUGCCAAGUGUUGCAUCCAAAAGGGAGGCCAGUUACCUUUAUUAUUUUUUUAAUAAUUUUUUAUUGUUAUAUUAAUCACCAUACAUUACAUCAUUAGUUUUUGAUGUAGUGUUCCAUGAUUCAUUGUUUGUGCAUAACACCCAGUAACUUUAUUGUUAAGAAAUGUGCAGUCGUAAAAAGCAGGCUUGCUUAACAUCCCUGCAGGCACACCCUAGGAUAUGUACCAGUCAACACGCAUUGCCCACCGUGAGCCAGAAGGGCCAAGUAGCAAAGAAUAUGUGUUUAGGACCAUACUGGUGAGCAGGGAAAACAGGUUGGGUUUUGAGAAAGAUACAUUUGCCUAUCCAGGUGACUCACCAGAGCUUGCUGCUGGCUGGAGACGGAAACAUUUGUUGUUGUUGUUGUUUGAAGCCUUUUGAACAAACUCUUCUGCAUGGAAAUGUCUUUCUGAGUUUCAUGAGAUAAUGAGCAAACGCCUGCCAUAGUUCCUAGCAUGUAGUUAGCUUUCUGAGUCAGUGCUCAGUGAUGGUUAGUGGUCACCACGUUUCCCUCCCAUCCCCCUGGUGGCCUUUAAGUGGUCCUAAGGCCAACUUGGAGGAGCGGCUGAUUCGGCCCAGGUCUUGCAAAGCAUUUCCUAUAGAAUUCAGUAACUUGGGCUCUGUGCUCCCUGACCACGGAUCAGCAGUCAGCCGAGGAGAGCGAGGUGCGGGUGACAGCUCUUGGCCAGUAGUCUGCUGUUUUUUCUCUUUGGACAUAAAUAUCCCCAACUCACUUUAGGUUUAGGUUCAGAAUACUCCAUCAUCUGCUUGGCUAAUAGAAAAUGCAGUCAGUUCCACCCAGUGUUAGACCUUGGGACUUUUAAUUUUUUUGACAAAGACAUGUAUUUCCUUAGACUUUUAAAGGUAAAACUUGGAAGACAGAAAUAGCCACCUGAAUAGGGCCAUUGUUUAGCUUCUGAGUUAUUCUGAGGGAAUUCUUUAAACUUUCUUUAGGGGACCUACUUGGCCACUGCAGGAAAUCAUUGUGAAUAAAUGAUUUGCAGGGGAUCCUCAUGGGAGCUGCAGAGACUUCUUAGAUCCUUUGCAACCUUGGACUGUAAGAGAAACAGUUGCAAAUGUCAUGCCUUCUCUUUGAGGUUGUUGUGGGGACAGUUCCUCUUGAUAUCACAAAGGUCAUUCCCAGUUUUUAAGGUCAGUGUUAGGUCAUAAGGUACUGAGUUUAGUAAAGGGAUCAGUCUACCAACUUCCUGCAAAGAUAUAAACUGCAGAGUGUUCCUUAAAAUUACUUUUUAAAACAGAUGCAAAGAGUAGGUAGAUCUUUAUAUAUAUAUAUAUAUAUAUAUAUAUAAAUUUUCCAUAUCAGCCCCAAUUCCCCCUGUAGUCGUUAAGUCUACUGAAAUGGGGAACAGCAAGGCUAUUGGAAGGAUUAUAAAGCUUUAAAAGCUGAACUUUCCAAUGUCUCUAGUUGAGUUGAUAGGUUCCUUUUUUUAUCUUGCUAGUCUUUUGAAGUUUAAAUCUGGUAACAUUUUGUUCUUGUAGUGUUUUUGUUAUUUUUUUCACGUUAAUUACCCAAAGCCUCAUCCAUCCUCAAGAUUUUUAAAUUUUAUUAUUAUUUUUUAAUUAAUGGGGCAUUGUUUGUGAAUUGUUAAAGUAUUAAUGUUUUAUUUAAGUGCCAUGCUGAGCGAUUGUUCUCUGUACAUGGCAACCAAAACGUAGAGAUUUCGAUCAAUUUUGAUCAAUGUGUAGUGAUCCCAAACAUGUACUGUGUACAAAUGAAAUAAUAUGGCGUAUUAGCCAGGUGUGAUGGUUGCCCAAGGCACUUAAAUUAAGCUCAAUUCUUUCUUUUAUCAGGGCUCCAUCACCUCCUUGAUCUGAAAUGUACACAUUUUUGGUGUAUACUUGGUACUAGAGAUUGAUGUAUGCAAAGAUUCUUAUACAAGCCUCCAAAUUGCUCGUGGUUAAAAAAAAAAAAAAAAAAAAAGAUUAACUGUCCAGCCAGUGCCAGAAGAAAAGUUUUCGGGAGGAUGACUCAGCCAUUUUGCCUGAAGACACCCUUCAGUAACUCCCACUGACCAGUCUUGGGAGCCAUCCUGCAAGUCUCGUCGUGGGCUGAGAAAAGGAGAUGUUUUUUUGCAAGAGGAAAUGGAAGAAGCUGUUAGAAGGGAGACCGGGAGCAGGGGAACCAAGAGAAAUCUGAAGAAUUCAGGAGAGAGGCCUUAAGAGGGAAGCGAAGGAAGCGAUGGCGGGAAGGGAACCCCGGGGGUGGGGGGAGAAUCCCAUGAGGGUGCAAGAGGUUUGGGUAGGAAACACAUUUUUAGGUAUGUGCUAUUUCAAGCCAGGGGUCGCAAACUCAGCAGCCUGCAGAAGUAAGGCAGGGAGAUCAGUCCGGGCCGGGGUGGGUGGGUGGUGGGGACUAUGCUCCUCUUAAACAGGGCAGCCAUUGGUCAGCUCUGUGCUGGGAAAAAGGUGGGGAGGGGCCGGAAAUCAGGAUUCGUUUUUUUUUAAAGUGAAACUUUCUCAUUUUUAAACAAAAUCAUUUUAAAUUGUCCCACACAUCAAGUGGGCCAAACAGAACAUUUGCUUGAGCCUGGGGCCACCAGUUUGCGACCCCUGCCGAACAUAUUUAACCCUCCAAGUAUGUAUAAGGUUAUAUUUAUUGUUCUGGAGAGGUCAUUAUACAUAGUUGGGGGUGUGAUAUUUCAAGUCCUUAUCUCUCAGAGCUAAGCUUUAUUAUAGAAACAAACCAAAAAAAAAAAAAAUUAACAGGGCUACAGAUAACACUUAACUCAUAGUUCCCAGAAGGGCCCUUGAUCCCGGAGCUGUUCUUGUCCAGCUACACAUCCUACAAACAAACCACUGGGGGCCAGUUCUUGGCAUUUCCUUCCUGGUGAGUCGGGGCUAAACUCCUCGGCUCUGUCACGGAGUUCACAGAUGAGUAAUCAGGAAGGAUUGCAGAAUAACUUGUUUCUUUUUGAUUUGUAUUUUGUUCUUAUUUUUAAAUUAGUCAUUUUUUUUAAGUAGUCUCCCAGACUGUGGCUUAGCAGUGAUGGUGGGUGGCCUUGGACCCCAGAAAACCGGUGCUGGGUCUUCAGACCAAGCUUCUUAGGCUUGUUACCAUGCCUACCACCGAGAACACUGUUGGCUUCCACCAAAACUGACAUCCUCGGCUGUUACCGCCUUCCCCAGUAGUGGGGGAAAUGAACCUCAUUAACAUUUCCAGUGACCCUUGAGAGGGGAAAAAAGUUCAGUGUUAUCAUCUUGGUGUUUGUUAAUUUUUUUUUUUAAAUCACAUGUCUGUUACUUAGACACUACUGUUUAUUUUCUUUUAUACCUACAUAGCACAUGGUUUGAUGGGAAUUUAGCAAGUAAGUUGGGAGAGGGUGAAGAUAAUAUGCAAUCAUCUAUACAGAGAGAAUAGCCUAAAAAAUGAUAUGUAAUCUGGUUUUUGAAGUAUCAGAUAUUCAGGAAUAUUUUUAGCACCUUUUGCUUUAAAAAAAAAUUGUGCCUUGAUUCAGUGACUUGACUUUAAAACAUUCCUCUUAUUUUAUUGUUAUUUUAAAUGUGUAUUCUGACCCCCAGCUGUGUACUCUGAUGCAGUCUGCUGGCUGCAGUCAUAGUAUGCGGUUUGUUCCAAUAACAGAGACCAAAGGGUUAAUCAAAAUGAUCCCGCUGCUACAGGUGUGUGAUUAAAAGUUUUAGAUCACACCACAUUUCCAUGGCCCAAAUGGUUGGGACCAGCCAUUUGUUUUCUAUUUCAGGUUGGAGUAAAUUUGCACUUUUAAUCUUUUGGGUUUUUUGGGGGGGACUGUUCUUUUAUACUUUGCUUUGUUAAUAAAGGACCUUGUAGAAAA